AGACAACGAAAAAAAGAAAAAAGAAUGAGCGCGACGCAGACGCAGACGCAGGGACCGCACUCGCUGGCCUUCCGGGUGAUGCGACUCUGCAAACCUUCUUUCCACGUCGACCCUCCCCUCCGUAUCGACCCUUUCGAUCUUCUCGCCGGCGAGGAUUUCUCCGACGAUCCCUCAUCCGCCUCCUUGUUCCGCCGCCUCGUCUCCUCCGCCGACUCCCUCGACUCCGAUCUCAGUUACCGCAAUAGAUUCCUCCUUAACCAUCCCACCGAUCCCACCGGUCUCUCUGGUCUUCUGCUCCUUCCUCAGUCCUUCGGAGCGAUCUAUCUCGGGGAAACAUUUUGUAGCUAUAUCAGCGUCAACAAUAGUUCCACUUCCGAAGUUCGGGAUGUUACCAUUAAGGCAGAAAUUCAGACAGAGAGGCAGAGGAUUCUACUUCUGGACACAUCCAAGUCUCCUGUGGAAUCCAUACGGACUGCCGGACGCUAUGAUUUCAUUGUGGAGCAUGAUGUGAAAGAGCUUGGAGCUCAUACGUUGGUCUGCUCUGCUUUGUACAAUGAUGCUGAUGGUGAGCGUAAAUAUCUUCCCCAGUUCUUCAAGUUUGUCGUCGCUAACCCACUCUCUGUGAGGACCAAGGUUCGAGUUGUAAAGGAGACGACAUUUUUAGAGGCUUGCAUUGAGAACCAUACGAAAGCAAACCUCUUUAUGGACCAAGUUGAUUUUGAACCUGCCAAGCAAUGGACUGCUGUAAGAUUACAAAAUGAAGAUUGCCAUUCAGCAGAAGAUCCUCCUACCAGUGAUCUCAGUGCACUGAUACAUAAAUCGCCAGUAAUUAUCCGUUCUGGUGGGGGUAUCCACAACUAUCUCUAUAAGUUAAACCCAUCUGCAGAUGUUUCCGGUCCAACAAAAUUCCAGGGAAGUAAUAUCCUUGGUAAAUUUCAAAUAACAUGGCGCACAAAUUUGGGUGAACCCGGUCGCUUACAAACACAACAAAUUCUUGGUGCUCCAGUCAGCCGUAAAGAGAUUAAUAUGCGAGUCGUAGAGGUUCCAGCUGUUAUACACUUGAAUAGACCCUUUCUGGCUUACUUGAAUCUCACAAACCAAACUGAUAGGCAACUGGGACCAUUUGAGGUCUCACUGUCACAAGAUGAAUCACAAAUGGAGAAGCCGGUUGGUAUCAAUGGUCUCCAGGCUCUGAUGUUACCUAGGAUCGAGGCAUUUGGCUCCAAUGAUUUCCAAUUGAAUCUUAUUGCCUCCAAACUGGGAGUCCAGAAAAUCGCUGGGAUCACAGCGUUGGACACGAGAGAGAAGAAAACCUACGAACUUGUACCAGAGAUGGAGAUAUUUGUAGAGUCGGACUAAAUUUUACAGGCAGCCUCCGAGUGUUGUUCUUCCUCCACAGGUUUUGCUUAUGCACUUCUCUUUUGCGUUCGAAUUUUGGUUUAUUAAUAUAAAAUGUUAUGGCUCCCUUUCUAAAAGAAAAAGAAAAAAGAAGAAAAAAGAAACGGCUUUUUAAUAUAUAUUUUUUAACUGUUUGAUCUUGUUAAUUGGAAACUGUUUGGUGUAAGGGAUGUUUUUGUUUUUUAAUAAUAAUAGAUUAUCGAAGUCUUUGCUUCUA